AUGAAAACCACGUAUAGUGGUAAAAAUACUAAAAGAAAUUUUAACAAAAAUUAUCGUUUACUAAUAAUUAUGAUGUCCCUUGUCAGUUUAACAUGUGUUGGUUUGUCCAUCCUACUGUCUGUUGUUUCUUCUCAAAUGAUGGUUCACUACCCUAUGGAUAUGGGCAACUAUGUUGAUUACAGACAAGAUUUAGCUGGCGACCUUCUAAAACACAGAUAUGAAAUGGCUUCUAACUUGUACAGUGAAAAUAUCUACCCUGCUUCUUUAGGCAUUCCUCAUGCUGGUUUUGGAAUUUCUCAUGUUGUUCGCGAUCCACUCUUUGGAAGUCCCAUUGUUAGAGAUCCUUUGAUGAUGGGUGUUCCCCAGCAAACUGUAUAUGUACAGGCACCUGCUAAUACUGUUGCUACCGGACAGCAAGUUGUUCAGCCAACAAGGAGAAUUGUGCAACAAGUAAAAACUCAGCCUAAGGUAACUUGGAUACAAUUAGAUCAGCAGAUCCCACUAAAUCCGAUACUAACUCAAAGAUUAUCUGCUUUAAGGGUCCCGAAAGCUACGGAAUCUUCUCUUAUGUCAGCAGGUGGACCACAACAGACAUCGGCUGCUAUAAAGAAAGUUGUUCCCAAGAGAGUAGCUCCAGCGGUUGAGGUAACUGCUCCAACGACUGUAGCAACUGUCCAUACUAAUGUUGACAUUAUGAAAACUGCUACAAAAAGCAUUGCCUCCAAGACAAUCGUUUCUACGAAUAGGGUUCCUAAGAAAAGGGUUCCAAAGAAAAUAAAUCCUGAGACAAAGGUUCCUAAGAAACAGACUGUGCCACAAACUACAGUGGCUACUAAAACAGCAACGGUACAAAGAGGAGUAGCAGGGAGACAAAGACCACAAUUUAACAUUCAAUCCAAAGUCAACACAUUACCUGGAAAUAUUCAAAGACGUUCAUUUCAGAGAGGCUCUUCCACUCGAAAUCGAGUCCCAAUACAAUCUCGAUUACGGUUAUUACGAGCUCCACCCAAAAACAACCGACGAGUUAGUCCGAAAGCUUAAGACUGCCAAGAGAAUGGUUUGAAACAAAUUGAAAAUUAUCAGGAGUAAGCCAAAGAAGAAUGAAAUAGGUGUAUUGAAAAAUAUAUAAUAUUUACAAAUUAUGUUAUUGAAAAUAGUAUAAAUGUAUUUUUAUAUUUUUUGUUUAAACAUAGAAUUUAUUAAUAAAUUAAUUAACAUUAGUUGUC